UAUCCUCUAAGCUUAUUCUUUCUAUCGCUCAGUUUGACUAAUUAACAUAGAGCGACAGAAGAAUGGGUCUAAGCAAUAUUACUAUCCCCUUACUUUUGCUCUCGCUUUUGAUGUUUGGUAUUUUGGGUAAUGCUCAACUUAGCUCCGAUUUUUACUCCGAGAGCUGUCCUAAUGUCACAAUCAUCGCUCGGCGUCUGAUCCAACGAGCUGGCCGUAGCGACGUUAGACUCACUGCUAAAGUCAUGCGUCUUCACUUUCACGACUGUUUUGUGAACGGCUGCGAUGGUUCGGUACUAUUGGACGCUGCUCCUGUGGAUGGAGUAGAGGGUGAAAAGGAAGCUUUCCAAAACGCUGGUUCUCUUGACGGUUUCGAAGUGAUCGAUGAUAUCAAAACCGCACUGGAGAAUGUAUGCCCUGGAGUCGUCUCUUGUGCCGAUAUCCUCGCUAUCGCAGCUGAAAUCUCUGUCUCACUGGCGGGAGGGCCGUCAUGGGACGUAUUGUUAGGAAGAAGAGAUGGUCGCACGGCUAACCGUGGGGACGCCGUGGCUGCACUUCCACUAGGACCUGACUCGAUGGAGAUACUUACUUCUAAAUUCUCCGUACAUAAUCUUGACACUACCGAUCUUGUCGCUUUAUCUGGUGCUCAUACCUUCGGGAGGGUUCAAUGUGGAGUAAUAACAAAUCGUCUACACAAUUUUACUGGUAGCAAUGGGCAGUCUGAUCCUAGCAUUGAACCAAAAUUCUUAAGAACACUGCGAAAAAAAUGUCCGCAAGGCAGAAGUCUCACUGCGAGGGUCAAUCUUGAUCCUACAAGCCCUGACUCAUUUGAUAACGACUAUUUCAAGAACCUUCAAAACAACCGUGGAGUCAUUGAAUCAGAUCAAAUCUUGUUCUCUUCGAAAGGAGCACCUACUGUGUCUUUGGUGAAUCGUUUUGCAAAGAGCCUACGUAAAUUCUAUAAAGCUUUUGCGAAAUCAAUGAUCAAGAUGGGCAAUGUAAGGGUUCUCACAGGAAACGAUGGAGAAAUCCGUAGAGACUGUAGACGGGUCAACUAAUACGGUUUUGCAUAAUUGCAUCGUCAAGUGAUCAAAUUUACGUGUUAAUUAUACUUAAUAAGUUGUAUUUCUGCUUUUCCACAAUUGUUUAUUUCCAUUUGAUUUUGUUUUACUAUAUUGAGGUUAAGCAUGUCCAUUAUUAAUUUGUUCUCACUUCUCAGAUUGUACAUCAUACACAUAUAUAAAUGAGAAGAGCGUCAACAAAGUAAUUAAACUUCUGUAAGGAAAAGAAAAUAAAAAAAGUGGCGAACGACGUCGUUGCAGUCGAGAUAGUCUCAUGUAGUACAUAUAUAAAGCUGUGCUUUGCUGCAGUACAACACACCAGAACACCGAUGUUUAGUCGUACAUACAGAAACUUGGGUUAAAUAAUUAAGAAUACAUUAAUAAUGUCUUUCAUUACAUUAGUCACAUGGAAACUAUUUUAAAAUUUAGCUAACUAUAAUUUAAAAACUUACAAAUCAGCAACCUCAAAAAUACGAUAUAGCACGGCUCGUUAAUCGUACACAGUAGUACAACACAUGAAUUGUACUGCUUUCAGACAAUGUCUUAUAAAUUACAUGUAGUUCCAUGGUGAUAAAACAUAGCAAGAAGGUUUUUUUUCCUGGAUUUGCACGAACAUCAUUGAGUGCAGCGUUGAUGUGAUUUACUUAUCUUUUUCAUUGUUGAAUGGAUUAAAGCAAUUUACAUCAACGUUGGCUCAAUUAUGUUUUUCUGAUUUUCAGGA